CUUCUCAUCAGAAACCGUAGAAAGUUAGUGUGAGAUGUCUUGUUCAGGCCCAGGAAACAGUGCAUUGUUAUGUGAGCUUUUGAACUCCCGACCAUGGGUUGUUGCUUCAGCAAAGAAUUAAGUAGUGAUGACAGUGAGAAAACUGGCCUGUUACAGAAAUCUGCGGAGAAGGAGAAGGAGCUGGAGAAGGAGAUAAGUACAGCUUUAUCUUCAUUAUUUGAUCCCUCUGGGGGCAGAGAGCUUCACAGGACUGGACUCAGAGCCAGCAGGGCAGCUGCUGGAGCUAAUGUGUGCACUGGGGCUUUUGCAAGGCCUGGGCACAAGCAGGGUUGUAGACUGGGGCUGCCAGUUAACUCUGUCUCCUCUUCCAUGUGUGUGCUCUUAGCCAGGUCUGAGAACCCGGACGACACCUGCACGUGCGCAGAACACCUUGCUCUUGAGUGGCACAGUGACGUUUGUGGUGCUCCAUGCGUACCAACAGCCAGGGUUUCUGAGCUAAACCCUAAUGCAAAAGUAUGGGGGACUCACAUGUUACAUUUGAAGGCAAGUAGUGCAGCGGACGGCGGUGUGAGCACAGCCUGGGAAGAGAGGUCUGGCCAUCACACAGACUGCAGCCACAGUGGACUGGAUGCCAGUGGUGAUGGUGAUGAAAGUCAUGAGCAUGUGGCACUGUCAGAUUUACAGGAGUCAGACCAGACAGCCACGAGCCCUCUGGCUCUGGACCCCUCAGAGUAUGAGUCUCUGCCUGAGAAUGGCGAAACAGGUGGAAAUGAGUCUCAACCAGAAAGCCAGGAAGACCCCCGAGAAGUACUUAAAAAAACUCUGGAGUUCUGCUUGUCCAGGGAGAACCUUGCUAGUGACAUGUACCUGAUAUCACAGAUGGACAGCGAUCAGUAUGUGCCAAUCACCACAGUGGCUAACCUGGACCACAUCAAGAAGCUCAGCACUGAUGUGGACUUGAUUGUCGACGUGCUGCGGUCUUUACCUUUAGUCCAAGUGGAUGAGAAAGGAGAAAAAGUAAGGCCAAAUCAAAAUCGCUGUAUUGUGAUACUUCGGGAAAUACCAGAGUCUACCCCUGUGGAGGACGUAGAAGCAUUAUUCAAAGGAGAUAAUUUACCGAAAUUCAUAAACUGUGAAUUUGCCUAUAAUGAUAAUUGGUUUAUUACAUUUGAAACAGAAGCUGAUGCACAACAGGCUUACAAAUACCUGCGAGAAGAAGUCAAAACUUUUCAAGGAAAACCAAUUAAGGCACGGAUAAAAGCAAAGGCAAUAGCUAUAAAUACAUUCUUGCCAAAGAACGGAUUCCGGCCCGUGGAUGUGAGCCUCUACACGCAGCAGCGCUUCACAGCAUCAUUUUACUUACCGCCCAUCUACAGCCCCCAGCAGCAGUUUCCCCUGUACAGCCUCAUUGCCCCACAGACAUGGUCAGCAACACAUAGCUAUCUCGACCCCCCAUUGGUAACUCCAUUUCCAAAUACUGGAUUUAUAAAUGGGUUUACGUCUCCAACCUUCAAACCUGCAGCAUCUCCUCUGACUUCACUCAGACAGUGCCCUCCAAGAAGCAGGAAUCCUAGUAAAUCCCACCUACGCCAUGCCAUUCCCAGUGCAGAAAGACCUGGACUGUUGGAGAGCCCUUCCAUAUUUAACUUCACUGCAGAUCGGUUAAUUAAUGGUGUGCGGAGUCCACAGACAAGGCAGACAAGUCAGCCUAGAACCCGGAUACAGAACCCACCAACCUUUGCCAAGAGAGAGGCAGGAAGUGGACGGGUGGAACAGAGCAGUCUUGAGUCCUCUCCUGGUUUAGGUAGAGGAAGGAAGAAUUCCUUUGGCUACCGUAAGAAAAGGGAGGACAAAUUCACAAGGAGCCAAACUCAGUCUCCAACACCACCAAAGCCUCCGUCCCCAAGCUUCGAAUUAGGGUUGUCCAGCUUUCCUCCAUUGCCUGGGGCAGCAGGCCAUCUGAAGACAGAGGACUUGUUUGAAAACAGGCUGUCUAGUUUGCUAAUAGGAACAUCGAAAGAAAGGAGCCUGACCAUGGACACAAGCUCUAACACCGGUCCUAUAGCAACCUCCAGAGAGCCCGUGGCGCCGGCCCCCUGUGCCUUGGCAGCAGCCCGUGCACGGCCCCCAUCCCCAGCCUGCCUGCCCGAGGAUCACAAGGUGGUGGAGAAGCAGAGGGAGACCCUCGGUGUGGACAGGCUUCCUUCCACCCUGGCUGCCACGGCGAGUAAAUCGGUGCAGGUGAACGGCGUUGCCACGGAAUUGCGAAAGCCCAGCUAUGCGGAGAUUUGUCAGAGGACAAGUAGAGAGCCCCCAUCUGCCCUUUUGCAACCCCAGAAAGAGCAAAAGCCAAAUCCUGUCGGUUGUGGAAAGGAAGAAAAGAAGCUCACCGAGAGAGAGCCCCCCACCACCAAGUCCAACCCAGGACCACCUAGAGACCAGAGAAGGCUGCCGGGCCGCCGGCCCUCCCCCCCGGCGACAGGGAGGCGCCCCCACAGAGAACAGAGCACCCCUCCACAGUCCCCUCAGUGAGCGCUGAGGUCGGGGAGGCCUGAGGAGCUGAGGUCACCACAACUAAGCACUGUCCCACUCGGUACCGGGAAUGAGCCGCUGGUUAGGAGCUUGCAGUGUAGCCCAGGCCCAUGAGAUGUCUGCAAGUUAUUUUUCUUCUGUGAGUUGGAUUUUCCCCCUCUUGAAAAAAAUCUAUUUUUCAGGAUUUAAUUAAUAUAAACCUUAUUUUAGGUUGGUGCUUAACGGGAGGUGAUGCAUAAGUCUGAUUUUUUUCAGGAUAGAAAAUGCAUUUAUCCUAACAAAUUGAUAUUUUUAUUAAGCCUCCACAUGGCUAUGAAUGCAAGCUAUAUAUAGUGAGUUUUUCUGAAUUAUGCGGAACUAUGCUACUUCAUUUUUUUGAAUGACUGGUUAGCAAGUGUGUAUAUGAGUUGUCCAGAUGGCGGCGUAGCUGAGGACAGCCAGACAAGGGCACAAAGCACACGCCAGCAUUGCCUGGAGAAAGGUAGGGUCUGCUUGCGUCACACGCUGGCACGGGACUUGACUUUUUCAGAAUCUUAAGUGAUGCUGGCAUUUUUUUUCUCUAAAAAACUAUAGCCCAUUUUUGAUCUACUGGGCAAAGUUGACCCGAGAAAACCUUGAAACCUUGAGUUUUGAUGGGCUGUAAGCAAGCAACCAGCUUCUCACUCCAGUCUCAAGUGGUUGUUAUGUAAGGUAGAUUCAGAGCACAUUGUGAAUAGAACCUACAUGAAAAAACAAAACUGUAUUGCUCACUGACCUGUCAACUCGACCCUGUACCCUGAUGUGGUCUUAACCUGCAAGCUAUGGGGAGGGUGUGGGAGCCUGCCGUGGCUCCGGGGGUUCCCCCACGUUCGCAGCUCCUGCCUACGCCUGUGCAUCGGCACUCAAUGGAGACGUUGCUGAAUCGUGAGCGAAGGGCGCCUGGUGCCGUUGGUGGUAGAUGGAAGUCCCCGCUGUCCCGAACGCCAGGACCAGGGUCUUGCUGAUGCCCUAUGCAGGUGCCGUGCUGCAUGCACACACAGAAGCUAGCCGUUUAUGAUAAAGCUGCACAUAAAUUAUUUUGUUUUAAAAGGCCUAAAUUUCUUUAAGUAUUGUAAGCAGCAUACAUUAAAAUAUUUCCCACUAAAUGUAACCAUACAGUUUAUUCCACACAAUGUUAUUUAACAAGACUGAGGGUUUUUAAAAAAAAUUAUUUCCAUCCAAUAUUAAAAGACUUGAAUUUUAUUUAAACUUGAAAAUGACUUUGCCUUAACUUUUGUAUGAGACAGCUUAGAGUUCAUGGAGACCGGCCCUGGGUUGGCGUGGCUGGAUUACAGAGCUACUCAGUCAGGUGGGGGCUGCUGUCGCUGGUCUUACUGAGUUGGCUUAUGUACUGUGAGAGCUAACAGUCAUGUUGUAAUAUACCAAGGAGAUCCUCAACAGUUGAUCUUUUUUCAGAUUGUUGAAAAACCCUGUAAAUGCAAAUAGUUGAUACUGUAUCACAUGUGCACUUGGGAGUGUGUGCUUUGCUUGUACAGUUGUAAAUAAUCAGAACAUAUUAAACAGGUACCCUAAAGAGAAAAUCUGAUAAAAAUUGUUACUAUAUUAUAAAUGUUGCUAUGGAGCUGGAUGUAGAUAAACUAAAUGUUGUGGUUUGAAUAUUAUUUUAGUUUGUUGGGGUCUUUCUUUUUCCUUUAUACUGGGGUUGAACUGAUUCUGCCUCUUUGCUGCUGCAGAAGGGAAGUGGGGUCUUACUAAAGCCUUUUCAUGCUCUUCUUAAAAGUACGUAAAUAUGUACUGAUCACAGCUAAUGUGAAAGUGCAGAAAGAGAGAGAAACUGGAGAGCCUUAAGAUGAAAGUGAAGAAUAAUGACUUAGAAUCACAUAGCUAGGUGUGGCUUACCUGCCAGAGGGACACAAGCCCUGGUGUAUUUGACUAUUGCUUAUCCUGCAGAAAAGCUGUCAUGAUUUAAAUACCUGAAAAUACAUACAGCCCUAAUAUUUGCAAAUUCCUGGUGAAAGAACAUGGGAAUUUCUUAGCAGUUGUCAGAUUGCUGAUUAAAGAUAACAGAAAUAAUUGACCUCUUACACCCAAACUAAUGAGUACUGUACAAGAAUUGGGAAGGCCAGCUCUGAGCCCCAGGGUUCCUUAAGAUUGCAGUCCUUGCUCGUGGAGGGAGCCGGGGUUGUCAGCCAUCAUUACCCUGUGCAUUGGACACUGGUUUUUAAGGACAGACCCUCUUUCCCUGGAGGUGGGUAUGUGUUAGGGCCAGCUGAGGCUGGCUGGCUGCUGUCCACUGGGGGAGAUUGCAGGGUUCGGCAGCUGCAGGCGGGUUGGAGUGGUUACUCAGGAUAGCAGACUGCAGCCAGGCGGUGUGGUGGGUAGUGACACAAGGUGGCGUGUUGGCUGCGAGCACGCUGCAUGUUCUUGCAGAUUCUGCUGCCUUUGUAUGAGCUUCCUGUGCCACAUUUACUCUGCCUGCAACCAGAGUCUGAAUCUUCAUCAAGGGCUGAAUUUUCACUCUGAUGUGAUUUUCAUAGCAUUUUUAAUUAAGCAAAGGCAAUAUGCCAAUUAGCUAUGUAAUGUCCAAGAAAACCCAGUCUUUCUGAUACUACUGUGAGGUUUUACACUCACAGAAAAGAAUGGGAGCUGACACACAGGCAGCUGGGAUGAGGCACAUGCAGCCAGCAGUAGGAGGUUUUCAUCCAUUUUUAGAAACUUAAUGCUUUUCCUUUCCCCAGCAGUAUCUCAAGGUCUAGAAUCAGGUACAGCAAUCACCAAACUUACAGGCUUGGGUGACUAUUCUUCCCAUUUGGAAAUGUAAGAAUGAGAAUCUGGCCCCACUUCAUCAGAAUUUCAAGUAGAGUAGUUGCUUUUUAGGAGUUUGCGUCAUAAUGUUUCUGAUCAGGCCCUCCUGUAAUCACAUCGCCGGUUGUCACAAGCGGGUGGCAGAAAACGCUUCAUGUUGCUGUAAAGUCAGGAUCACUGCAGUUCACGUGUAAGAGCUGGCUCAGUUUCUCACGAGGGCAGCAGGUGAGGAGGUGGCAUCUGCCGUCAGCGGGCUGGGCCCGGGCUGGAGGCUUUGCAGCCUGUUCACAGAGAGCAACAAUCAGGCACCCAGAGAGCCAGCAGCUGCCAAUUCGCAGAAUGGAGUGUAACUCGGAAGCUUUCUUGAGGGCUUUAUUUUUGUUCUGCUCCUUUUCAUUAAGACUGGAAUCAAGCUUAUGUGUAAACUAUUGGUAAUUUAAGUUUCCUUUUGUGUCAUUCAGUGUAAAACUGUCUAAUUUGAAAAAAAUGUAGGUUAUGAAAAAUAAAAACUUAGGCACUGUUCAA